GUUGGUAUGUGGCUAUCUUAUUGCCAUUCAUUACCUGCUGAUAGAAGAUUUGCAUAUUAAUUUAUUUUCGUAAAUUUCUGCUCAAAUUAUUGAAGCGAAGUAAUUGCGCACAGAAAACGGAAUGGCUGCUUCAAUAAGAAGUGUUCGUAAGUUUGGAAGCGUUUUUUCAACGUUAAGGGUGACGUCUUCAGCCUCAAGAACCUAUUUUACCUACGUAAAUGAGCCUUCGCAGCCUAUCAAAGGGAAAGAGCCGAAGUGGACCACAGCAGAAGAUGCAUUUCAAGAUCUCAAAUCAGGCGACACCGUAUUUGCUCAAGGAGCUGCCGCCACUCCUGUCAAUCUACUGCAAGCGAUGACGGACGUAGGGAAGAAGAAAAGUCUCAGCAACGUCACUGUUUGUCAUAUGCACACAGAAGGACCUGCGCCUUAUACGGAUCCCUCCUGCGAGGGCAUUUUCAGAUCGUUCUCAUUCUUCAUGGGUGGAAAUGUGAGGAAAGCUGUGGCAGAAGGCCGAGGAGAUGCUCUACCAAUAUUCCUGUCAGAAAUUCCUUUACUUUUCACGAGGAAGAUCAUCCAACCUGACAUUGCUGUUAUUCAGGUCUCUCCCCCAGAUCAACAUGGCUACUGCAGUUUGGGCACCAGUGUUGACUGUGUCAGAGCUGGAAUGUCGAAUUCAAGAAUCAUCAUAGCUCAAGUUAACCCCAAUAUGCCACGAACAUUCGGCGAUGGCAUAAUUCACAUAAGUCAUAUUGAUUAUGCUGUGAAAGUGGACACACCAUUGCCCACUCACGGCGGAAAACCACCUACCGAAGUGGAAAAUAGAAUUGGAAAGAAUAUCGCCGAUAAUCUUGUGGAAGAUGGAGCUACACUACAAUUAGGCAUCGGAAGCAUACCGGACGCCACCCUGGCCGCUUUGACCAAUCACAAAGACCUCGGCGUCCAUUCGGAGAUGUUCGCCGGCGGCGUCAUCGACCUGGUCGACAAGGGGUGCAUCACCAACAGCCGCAAGACGAUGCACCGGGGGCGGAUCGUCGGGUCGUUCCUCAUCGGCACGCAGCGGCUGUACGAUUUCGUCGACAACAAUCCGUUUAUCGAGAUGCUGGUCGUGGAUUAUGUGAAUAACACCGGUAUCAUCGCGAGGCAACCGAAGAUGACGGCCAUCAAUUCGUGCAUCGAAGUCGACAUCACAGGUCAAAUCUCCUCGGAUUCCAUCGGCACCAGGAUGUACUCCGGCUUCGGCGGACAGGUCGAUUUCAUUCGAGGCGCUGCCGAAGGCCUGGACGGCAAGGGGAAGCCCAUCAUCGCCCUACCGUCGACUACGAAUAAGGGAGAGAGCAAGAUUUCCAUCACACUCAAACCAGGUGCCGGCGUGGUGACUACCAGGGCCCACGCGCACUACGUGGUAACGGAGCACGGCAUCGCCUACUUGUUCGGCAAAUCCCUCAGGCAGAGGGCGCAUGCGCUGAUCAACAUCGCGCAUCCGGACCACAGGGAGGCGCUGGAGAAGGGCGCGUUCGAACGGCUGAAAGUUAUGCCGUCCGCUUAGACAUAAGUACAAACUUUUUAACUAACUAUACGCAUAUUCCAUGUAUAUUAUUUUAUACAAAGCUGUAUUAUAGAAUUUUCAGUAAAUUGUCAUUGGCUUGGG